AGCUAGCUCACAUGUGAGUUUUGUUGAUAAUUUGAUACUCGAGAUUCAGUAUCAAACAAAGCUGUUACAUCAUAGUAGCACGGUGGCGGUAUGCGGAGCAGGUUAUCAUGGCUUGGAAGUCGAGGACCCGCAGUCUACAGGUGUUUGACACUGAGCUGAGUGCAGACACUGUGGAGUGGUGUCCUGUUUCACCACACCACAACAUCCUGGUCUGCGGAACAUAUCAGCUACAGAAAGGGACAGGGGAAGAGGAUGCUACUCCGAGCAGAACCGGUCGUUUGUACCUCUUUGAAUUUCGGCGAGAGGGACCAAUGAGCCCACCUCUGACUGAGCUCCAGCGCAUGGACACAGCUGCUAUUCUAGAUUUGAAAUGGUGUCAUGUGCCUCUGUCAGAGCAGGCGGUGCUGGGAUUGGCAGCUGCCACUGGGGAGCUGCAGCUGUACACACUCUCAGAUGGUCAGGAAGGCGGCUGCAGUCUGCAGAGCCUGAGCAGUGUGGAGGUGGGAGUGGAUCGUCUGGCUCUAUCAUUAGAUUGGUCCACUGGUAGAAUGGACAGCAGUAGCGAUGUGCGACUGGUGUGCAGUGACUCUGCAGGCUGCGUCAGUGUGUUGUCACUGGCCGAAGGAGCUCUGACAGUUUUGUCACAAUGGAAGGCUCAUGACUUUGAGGCGUGGAUCUCGGCCUUCUCCUACUGGGACACACAGCUGCUUUACUCUGGCGGGGAUGACUGCAAACUUAAAGGCUGGGAUCUCAGAGUUGGUCCAUCUUGUCCCACUUUCACUAGUAAAAGGCACUCGAUGGGCGUCUGUAGUAUUCACAGCAGCCCACAUCGGGAACACAUCCUGGCCACAGGCAGCUAUGAUGAGCAGGUCUUGCUGUGGGAUGGCAGGAACAUGAGGCAGCCUCUCAGUGAGACUCCCAUGGGUGGUGGGGUGUGGAGGCUCAAGUGGCAUCCCUCCCAUCAGCACCUGCUGCUGGCGGCUUGCAUGCACAACGAUUUCCACAUCCUUCACUGCCAGCAAGCCUUAGAGGGCAGUGGAGGAGCCUGUCCCAUUGUAGCCUCUUACAUCCUCCAUAAUUCCCUGGCGUACGGAGCCGAUUGGUCCCGUCUGUCCCUGGAGGAGCCUGCCCCCUGCUCCCCCCUCACUGCAGAACCAAAGGAAAGCCUCGCAGAGGGGGGAGGACACGUCAGGAUUCAGUACGAAUCUCCCACCGCCAGCUUUGACACCUCUCUUGAGGAUGAUGCAGGACGAUACAUCCCAGAGGGCAUUACAGCACCCGCAGCCAGUGUUGCUGCAGGCCCCACCCUCAGUCUUGACAGCGACUCCCCCUCACUGUCAUGUCUGCUCGCCAGCUGCUCCUUCUAUGACCACAUGCUUCAUGCAUGGCGCUGGGACUGGACUCCAAAUGCAGCUCAACAAGAACCAGACCAGUGAUGAUGUGAUCCAACAGACCUACCCUCUGUCAGAUUAGCCACACAUUUGGAGUAACUUAUCACAGAAUAUGCAAACUGUAAAACCCUUUAUUUUCAUAAAAGUACACAGAUUUUUACAAACUGGUAUUUGAAUGUUUACAAUGCUUGCACAUCCUGUAGUACCCACUUACCUGCUUUUCCUUUAUUAUAGCUUUCUCUAUGCACUGUCAAAGAAAUCAUUCACAAAGACAUGCAGAUUUAUAUGGAGUUAAACAUCUGAAAAAGUUAAUACUGUAUGUAAAUACACUUACGCGGUGUAGGGGACCCUGUGUUCCCAGAUUUUCUCAGCUUUCAGUGAUAUUGGCUCAAUCACAAUCUCAACACUCACUAACUUUGAGGUGCAUUCCUGUUCAAGUCCUUGAGUGUUUGGGGCUGUCCAUCAAAUCAAGUGCAUGAGGGCUCAACUUUUUGGCCCUUUCAGAUUUUUUGUUUCCCCAUAUAGAUAAACUGUUGGAUACAAAGACGAAACACCUCAGCUUACCUGUUUAUUUGUAUUCAGUCUGGUAGUGGUAGCAACAUUAAUGUGCAACCCAGAAGCUACUUUGGUUUCUACAUAUACAUGUCUAUGGUUGUCAAAUCAAAUACAGUUUUGCUAGAGGAAGCCCUAAAACAUUCUAAACAUAAUUUCAAGAAUGCGACCAAGUUCCUUUUGGCAUUACUUACCUGACUUGCAGGACCAAUAUUACAUUUUUUGUGAGCUGCUUCAACACGAGUUAAUUACUGACUGUUACUUCUCUAUUCUGCAAGGCAACACCCUUCCAGAUGUUCACAACAGACAGAUGGGUGAAGAAAGUAAAAAAAAAAAAAAAAAAAAAAGACCUUGAAAAUCUCAAACACAAAGUUGUACUAAAGUGUUUUGGUACCACUAACAUAAUGUCAUUUGAUAA